CAAACAGCCAACACUUAACCCCGUCCCAGUCUGCUCGUUCAUUGCUCACUCUGCACAGAGCACGGCAGCCUGGCUGCUUUUCCAGGACCUGCACCGCUGUUGCAAAGCUUUGCCCACAUGGCACCAUGGUUUUUGUCACGCAGAGGCCUGCCCCGCCUGGCCUACCAUCAGCUGCCCGGGAGUAGCCCUGGCAUUGUCUUCCUGCUGGGCUUCAACGACACCAGGGCCAACCCCAAGUGCCAGAGCCUGGAGUGUUUCUGCAGGGAGACUGGACGGGCCUUCGUCAGCUUCGACUACCGGGGCUGUGGGGAAUCCGACGGCUGCUUUGAAGAGAUGUUCCUGGGGGACUGGAAGGAAGACGCCUUGGCUGUGAUCGAUGAGCUCACCAGCGGGCCCCAGAUUCUGGUGGGGGCCAGCAUGGGGGGCUGGCUGAUGCUGCUGGUGGCUCUGGAGCGCUCAGACAGGAUUGCCGGGCUGGUUGCCACAGGGAUUGCAGUCGAUGCCUUCAUCACCCAUGCCAGAGGGCUCUCCCCAGAGGUGAAGAGCCAAGCCCAGCAGAGCGGCCUCUACGCCUUCCCACGGGGCAGCAGCAGGGAGCACCUGCUUAUGCAGUGGGGUUUCUUCGAGGAGGCAGAGCGGCACGGUUUGCUGGCGCGCUUAUCCAUCCCCGUGACCUGCCCCGUUCGGCUGCUGCACGGCCUGCAGGAGGAGACUGUGCCCUGGCAGCAAGCGCUGCAGCUGGCAGAUCGGCUGGAGAGCCACAGCGUCCACAUCACGCUGCUCAAAGGAGGGCAGCAUGCGCUGGCGCAGGAGGGGGACCUCAGAGAGCUGCUGGGGGCCGUCAGGGGCCUCCUGCCAUUGGGGCCACAGGAAGGCUGACUCUCGGGGGUAGGGGUCAGGCCAAAGGCGGCCCCCAAGGAGGAGACGAAAUCCAGUUGGUGCUGCUGUGACAAUGACUGCAGGGAAGCCCGGGGGAGGUGGCUGUGACUCCCCCACUUGGCUCGGGCCCCUGCAGGCUCCUGCAUGCAGCACCUCCCAGCGAGGGACGGGGACACACUUUUAGGGGGCUUCGGGAAAAGACGCCUCUGUAAAUCAUCUGUAUACCAUUCAUGACAAAGUCCUCCCAGACUAAACUGAGAUUUUGAUGGCUGCGGAAUAAAGCAAAGCUGGAGCACCUUU